AUGCCAGGCGCCAUGGACAACUCGAUGGCCGUCGCCGCUGAUGGCGCCGCUGUGGCCCCUGAAGAAAUCAUCUACGAGCCAUACACUGUCGUCGAGCAGCGCGUCCACUUGGACUUCAACUUCCAGGCCAAACAGGUACAAGGCACGACUAUGAUCAAGAUCUUCCACACCGGUGGUGACGAACCUGACUUCGUCAACAUCGACGCUCGCCAGUGCGAAAUCGACCUCGAUAGCAUCACAGUCAACUACCAGAAGGUCAAGGCUAGAUACAGAGAUCCGUACGAGUUCAUGGACACACCAAAAGGCUUCGACUGGAACGUGCAGCAACACCACCUCAGAACCAAGCGCAUGAAGCGGCUACAACCCAACAUGCGGGGCGACUUGCCCAUGACUGGAAGGGAGACCAAGGGAUGCCAGCCGGCAAAUGGGGCGCUGCGGGUAUGGUUGAAGCCCGAGAAGAUCGUACUCAAGCCUGUACAGACCCCUGGGGCGUCUGGCCCUCAAGAGCCCAUCGAGCCACACACUUUCAAGAUCGAGAUCCCCUUCCGCAUCACGCAUGUUCGAGAUGGGUUUCACUUCGUGGGCGUCGAUGAUGGCGAUACUCAAUACCCGCAUGUCUACACUCGGCACUCUAUCGAGCCUGGAUAUGCCAGCUGUCUCUUUCCCUGCGUGGAUGAUCGGACUCGGGUGAGACAGUGGGAGAUCUCGCUCAAAUUCCCACGCACUGUCGGAGACGCGCUUAGGCAACCUCUGGCCUCACAAGUCGCAGGCUUGUCCUCGUCUUCCGGUACCCGACCGGCGGCUUCUAGAACUCAGCAGUCCCAUCGUGAGUUUGAAACCACGGAGGAGGACAAGCUAUUGGAUAUGACUGCUAUAUGCUCCGGUACGCUCAUAGGGGAGCACGAAGAAAAUGCCGGUGGUGAGAGCAAGAAGGUUAUGAAGUUCAACCCCAAAGAUUGUGGCGCCCAGCACAUUGGCUUCGCUAUCGGUCCGUUUGAGGACGUGGAUCUCUACUCGACGUUUCGCAGCGAAGAGGACGAGGCGAAGCUUGGCGGAAACGCCGUCAAAGUUCAUGGCUAUUGCUUGCCUGGCCGGAGUGACGAGGUUCGAAAUACCUGCCAACCACUCGCUCAUGCAAGCGACUUCUUCACCCUGACUUUCUCGAAAUACCCGUACGAGGAAAACAGCUACAAAAUAUGCUUUGUAGAGGAGAUGAUAGAAAGCACCGUGCCUCUGCAAGCAUUCUCGCUUUGCAGCACUCGGCUGCUAUACCCUCGGGAUAUUAUUGACACAGAGAUCGAAGUGACGCGGAAGCUUGUCCACUCCCUGGCAACCCAGUACUUUGGUAUUUUCAUCAAUCCAAACGAACGAACUGAUACCUGGAUCGUGUGCGGUAUUGCGUAUUUCAUGACGGACCUUUACUUGAGGCAGCUCUGUGGCAACAACUACUACCGAUACCAGAUCAGGACGACAGCUGAAUAUCUGACCGAAGUGGACCAUGGCCGCCCUUCUCUGCACGAGUUGGGACGACACCUACACCUGGGUGAUUUUGAGAUGGAUUUCAUGGCGCUCAAAGCACCUCUGGUGAUCUUCAUCCUCGACAGGCGAUUACUCAAGUCAUCCAAUAGCGCUGGAGUGGUUCGGGUCAUUUCGCAGCGUCUUCGUGAGGCCAUGCAGGCUGCAGACCCUUUCGCCGCAAAUUUCGUGGUCUCUUCAGAGCAGUUCAGGAGAGCUUGCGAGAAGAAAGGGCGCCUGCGCCUCGAGAGUUUUUGGGACCAGUGGGUCUUGAGCUCUGGAUGCCCCAGACUCCACAUCUCGCAGAGGUUCAACAAGAAGAGGCUGGAAGUGGAACUGACCGUCGUCCAGAACCAAGUGGAGUGGGCCAAGGCAGAACAUCCCCUAGAGAAGGACGAUUUCUGGAGGGACGUGUUGGAGGAGCGGCAAGACGUUCUUGCCGCCGAAGUACCGCUUACUUUCACCGGCCCAAUGACUUUCCGAGUCCAUGAGGCUGACGGCACGCCCUACGAACACUGUCUGGAGAUGAAGCUGGAUGCCGCAGCCACCAAGGGCUCCCGGCUUGCAAUGCCGUACAAUACCAAGUACAAGCGGAUCAAGAGGGUCCGUCAGAAAAAGCGAGAAAAAGACCACACAAAAGCCCCAGGGGCUGGUCGAGGCGACGCAGAUGGACAGGACGAGGACGGGAAUGAUGAUGAUGAGAAGGGACACACCCUCAACAUGUUUGGAGACGUCCUGAUGGGCGAGGAGGACAUGGCGUCGUGGAAACUCGUAGACUGGGACAGUGACCAGCAACAACAGAUGGACCAGGAGUCUUAUGAGUGGAUCCGGGUCGACUGUGACUUCGAGUGGAUCUACUGUCUCGAAACGAACCUCAAGGUCUACAUGACGGUGGCCCAGCUCCAGCAGGACAGAGAUAUUGCCGCUCAGGUAGAGUCCAUGCUGCAACUCACACGCAACGCGCCCAGCAACAUUCAAACUACUACCCUGCUUAGGACCCUAUAUGACGACCGCUACUUUUACGGUAUUCGCACCAUGGCUGCACAGGCCCUUACCGGCCACGCCGAGAGGGCCAACAACUUCCGGGGAAUGCGCCACCUGAUACGCGUGUUCAAGACGUUUUACUGCUACCCGGACUCGGCUAAUCCACGGCCGAACGACUUCACAGACAAGAAGAGUUAUCACGUGCAGUCGGCCAUUCCCGCUGCUGUUGCAAGAAUCCGUGGUGGGCAAGAGUUCUGCCCGGAGGAAGCUCGUGAAUUCAUUCUCGACCAGCUGGUUUUCAACAACAACGACGAGAACACGUUCUCGGAUCAUUUCUACGUUGCAAAGCUUCUCGACGCUCUCGCGACCAGUUUGGUACGAGCUAAAGCCACAGAAGCAUCUGACGAGGAACAGGACUACAACAAGUUGCAGGCGUUUGCGGAGAGGGCGAUUGCACAGAUUGAGCGAUAUCAACAGAUGGACGAGGUGUUCAGUUCGUACCAAAACAUCUGGACGCGCACCGCGCUUGAUUGCAAGGUCAAGUUGAUGAAGUCGGGUGUCAUGGCCAUCGACGGGAUAGAGUUCAUGCAGUACCUGACCCCAGAGACACUGGAUCUUGUGCAGAUCAAGGCAUUCGAAUCGCUUAUUGAGCUCGGCCUCUUCUUGAAGCCUGGCCUCAUGAAGUAUCUCUUGACAAGCAUGAGCCUGUCUUCAUCGCCGUUUGUGAGAGACCGACUCUUCAAGGCGUUCACCCGUGGCUUGGCUUCUGUCGCUUUCGGAGAGCUAGAUGUCAGUGAGAUUCGACCAAACGAGGCCGGCUCUAAGCCCACCGGCGCUGUCCAGGCCGCCCAAAACGGUGCACAGAACGACGGUAUGGCCCUGGACGAGGAAGACCACGGCGGUCUAAUUGUCGAACAAAGCGACGCGGUGAUUAAACAGAGGCAGACGGACGCAGCCCGUCGGGUCGAUAUCGUGGCUGCCAUCAAAGCUAUGAAAGAGGCAUUGCAAGACAACAAGGAUCUGCAGAGGCAGUUAUGGAAAGCCGUCGACUCCCCCGUCCUGGGUCUCGCGGAAAAGAGGAACCUCCUAGAGUUGUGUGCCACCUUGUUCCCCAAAGACGACGAGAUGCUCGUCACGAUGAAGUACCCAGUGCGGUGGACAGCGGUGAGGGGUCAUUACCAUCGGGGCAAAUCCCUCGUCAUGACCUUCAAGCAGACGUAUAAGACAUCUUUGAAGCGGAGGCAUGAAGAGGUGAUACCUGAGCAACCUGUGCAGGCGGUGACAACUGUUGUGCCACCUGCUCCACGCCCUCUUGUUGGCCAAGAGAAGGAGCAACCGAAGAAGAAGAUGAUCAAGUUGUCUCAUCCUGGACCUUCAAGGGCUAGCGCGCAGUCACCGGCGCCGCCGCCUGCUCCCGUUGCUCGGCAGCCGUCCAUCGCCGUUGCGGCUCCUGCCCGCCCUCCUCCUGAACUAGAGCGAGGCGAUAGCAUCGCAGUGCAGAACCGCCCGACUGUAAAGCUCCCCUCUGCCCCUCAGUCUGCCGCAGGCACACACACACCAGAACCCUCUCGCCAUGUCAGCUCGAGCUCGAAGGUACCCAAACUCUCCAAGAAGCGCAAAUUGGCCGAUACGGAGGCAUCGCCCGCGCCUCGACGUUCUCGAAUUGUGGCUUUGAAAUAUGGCCACCUCACGGAGCAAAAGAGGCAGCAGAUUGCGCGUAUACCCUCGUCCAAAGCUAGGGCCAUACCGCCUGCGGACUCCAUCGUAGCCACGCCAGUUGCACGAGCAAUCCCGCCAGCUGCUACGCCAUCCAGGCAAGGCUCGUCACCUGCCAAUGUCGACGUCUCCAUGAUCUCGUCGACGUCUACCCUUAGCGCGGGCUCCUCGUCGAAUGCGCAGUCAUCCCAACAGCAGCAUAAGACGCCUUUGCCCUCCGGGAAGAUAGUACGCAAGCCUCUGCCGACAGGACCGUCUCCUCACAGCGCCGUUUCACCAACCUCUAGCAUCGCAGCAAAGCCCUCGGCAACUCCUCGGCAGCCUUCGCAGCCUCAACAGCAGACGUCAGCGUCGCCUUCCCGUCCGGCCUCGCCCGUGGCUCCCCGCUCAUCGACGGAGCCUGCGUCGAAGCCGAAGAAGUUGGUCAAGCUCAAACUCAAGUUGGGUGGCAACAAGUCUUUGACCGGGUUAUCUGGAGACAAACCACCUCCGCCGCCACCCGCGGGUGAACAGACACGACCCUAG